GUGACAACUGACGACGUUUACCAAAUUUUAAUAUUCAAAAAAUUCUAAUGAAAAUGUAAAAUACAUAGCUAAUUAUUAUAGUUUUUAAUUUUUAUUUAAAAUACAUUUUGGUUUUCGUUUGGUCAACAAAUUUUAAAAGAACUAUAUAAACAAUAAUGUGGAGAUUAAUUCAACAAAAUUUACAUAACAAAUUGUUAUCUCACAAUAGCGCAAUAUUUAAGAAAUAUUUCUGCCAGGCUCAUAUUAAAAAUUAUAUCUCCAGAACAGUGUCACAGAAACCAGUUCCAAAAUCAUUUAUACCAUCAAAAGUAACAACAUUUGGAGUUACACUUACUGGUGGUUUAAUUAUAAAAUUAUACAUAUCACGCAAUGGGGUAUUAUGUGAAGCAAAGAAAACUCGAAUGGCUGGUUAUGAAAAUAAAUUAGACAAAAAUGUUAAAUUUGAUUGGGCAAGGCUAUGGAUGUACUUGAAACCACAUAUUUGGUACUUCUUAGCAGCAAUUGUGGGAGCAUUGGCUGUGGCUUUAUUAAAUAUACAAAUACCUCAAGUUAUAGGUGGUGUGGUGAAUGUAUUAGCAAAAUUUAGUGAAAGUAGAGAUAGUGAAUUAUUUCUUAAUGAAAUGAAGAAACCAGUUAUAAAAUUAAUAUCCAUGUACCUUGCUCAGAGCGUAUGUACAUUUUUCUACAUCUUUAUGCUUUCGAAUUUAGGAGAACGGAUGGCAUAUAAAAUGAGGACAGAUUUAUUUGAAUCUAUAUUAAAACAGGAUAUCGCAUUUUUUGAUCAGCAAAGAACUGGUGAAAUUAUUAACAGAUUAACAGCAGAUAUUCAAGACUUUAAAAGUAGUUUCAAACAAACCGUUUCUGGAGGUUUAAGAGCUGCCACGCAGAUAGUUGGUUGUUCAGUAUCUUUAAUUAUGAUAUCACCUCAAAUGACUUUCAUUUCCUUACUUUGCAUACCAUCUGUAAUAGCUGUAGGAACAGUUUUCGGCUCUCUAUUAAGAUCAGUUUCAAGAAGAGCUCAAGCUCAGGUAGAAAAAACAACUGCCGUAGCGGACGAGGCGGUAAGCAAUAUUAGAACGGUUCGAGCGUUUGCGAUGGAGGACCAAGAAAAGGAAUUGUUUAACACAGAAGCUGAUCGAGCAAUGGUUUUAAAUGAGGAUUUGGGAUUAGGCAUUGGUUUAUUUCAAGCUGGAACCAAUAUGUUUAUAAAUGGUAUGGUGUUAUCUACUUUGUACAUGGGUGGUUAUCUACUAUCAACCAAUCAGUUAUCUGCUGGAGAAGUUAUGGCAUAUUUAGUUGCAUCUCAAACAAUACAACGCUCUUUGGCUCAAAUAUCAUUACUUUUUGGCUCUGUAGUAAGGGGAGUGGCAGCUGGCUCUAGAGUUUUUGAGUAUAUUAAUAAAACUCCUAAAAUGGCACUGACAGGAGGAAAAAUAUUACCAUAUGAAUUAGUGAAGGGGGAUAUUGAAUUUAAGAACGUUUGCUUCGCUUAUCCAACUAGAAGUCAGCAGGUAAUUCUUCAAGGUUUUAAUCUCAGCGUGCCAUCAGGAAAAACAGUUGCUAUUGUGGGUGCUUCUGGUAAUGGAAAAUCGACAGUGGUUGCUCUUUUAGAAAGGUUUUAUGAUGUAAAAGAUGGUUCAAUUACAUUGGACGGACACGAUAUAAGAACAUUGGAUCCUUCGUGGUUAAGAGGUAGAGUAUUAGGUUUAAUAAGCCAGGAACCAGUAUUGUUUGGUACUACAAUAAUGGAAAAUAUUCGCUAUGGCAAACCUGAUGCUUCAGAUGAUGAGGUAAAAGAAGCCGCACUGCUGGCGAAUGCGGAUGAAUUUAUAACCAGUUUUCCAAAGGGCUACAACACACCUGUUGGUGAAAGAGGAGUGACUUUAUCCGGUGGUCAAAAACAGAGAAUUGCCAUUGCCCGUGCUCUCCUUAAGAAUCCAGUAGUUUUACUUUUGGAUGAAGCUACAAGUGCUUUGGAUACAGAAUCAGAAAAAAUAGUUCAACAUGCAUUGGAACGAGCACGAACAGGUAGAACGGUGAUAGUGAUAGCUCAUAGGUUGUCUACAAUUCAGAAUGCAGAUUUGAUUGUUGUGUUGAAUAAAGGAAAAAUUGUAGAGAUGGGUACUCAUGAAUCACUGAAGAAGCUGGGAGGCUACUAUUGGUCAUUAGCAUACCAACAACAAAACAGUCCAGCUGGAUAAUCUAUCCGUUAAUAUUGUAAAUAAACAUAUGUGUAAUAUAAAUAAAGGUACCGUGUUUUAUUGUU